AAGCGUACAACCUCCUCCUGCCUGCCUCCCUGCAACACAGCACCGGGCUUCAGAGGGGACACAGCCGGGGAACACCGGCACAAGUCCCGCUGCAAGAGAAGAUCACCCAAAGGAUCGGUAUAUUCUGUCUGCAGCUUCGCAAUUCCAUCAUGCAGUCUCAGUUAUUCGCGGUAGACUUUAUUCUUCUGUGCAUAUCAUGCGGAGCAAGUGCAUUGGCCACCACUAUCCCUGCAGCCUCCGGGUCUGUGCCAGGCGCUAACUUCACCUCCGCAGCGCACAGCUCCGGGACGGACUCCUCCAGCCUCUCCAGAAGCAGGAGGAAGCGCUUUAUCAGUCAGAAUGAUAUGCUCGCUAUUCUUGACUACCACAACAAAGUGAGAGGGAAGGUGUUCCCCCCGGCAGCCAACAUGGAGUACAUGGUGUGGGACGACAACCUGGCCAAGACGUCGGAGGACUGGGCCCACGCCUGCCUGUGGGAGCACGGCCCGUCCCACCUCCUCCGGUUCCUGGGUCAGAACCUCUCGGUCAGGACAGGACGCUAUCGAUCGAUCCUGCAGCUGGUGAAGCCGUGGUACGAUGAGGUCAAAGAUUACUCCUUCCCGUACCCCCGCGACUGCAACCCCCGCUGCCCCCUCAGAUGCUAUGGACCCAUGUGUACCCACUACACACAGAUGGUGUGGGCAACAUCCAACAAAGUAGGCUGUGCCGUUCACACGUGCCACAACAUGAACGUCUGGGGUUCGGUGUGGAAACGGGCGACGUAUCUAGUUUGCAACUACUCCCCAAAGGGGAACUGGAUCGGGGAGGCUCCCUACAAAGUGGGCGUCCCCUGCUCCGCCUGCCCCCCCAGCUACGGGGGCUCCUGCAGCAACAACAUGUGCUUCCCCGCUCUCAAGACAAACUACCUGCACUGGUUUAAAUAAACACCAGCUUCCUGAGCUGACACCCCCACUCCCCCCGUCCCACAGAGACUCGAUCUUAGUCCCGUAAGGAUUUGCACACUAUUUUGUAUAUAUGGGCUUAUUUAAAAACAGACAUACAUUUAAAAAGGCAGCAGAUUUUGAUGACUUGUAAAUAAACUGUAAAUUAAUUUGUUUUAAUAGAGGAUUAUAAUUUAUGUGUCGAAUGGGUCCUGAAACUACCGUGGCGUGUUAUGGUCAAUGUAUAUACAAGGAAAACAGAGCCGGGGGGGGGGGGGGUUGUAAUAUUCACAAAAAAACAAAAUAUACAAGAAAAAGUCAUUAGAUUAAUUCAAGUUGUUCCGUGACUUUCCCCAAAACAUUUCCCUGUACAUUUCUGAUUUUAUUCUCAGCUUUUAUCUUGCAUUUUAUGACGUGAUAAUCAAAGGGAUCUUUAGGUUUUUCUCUGAAAUGUACGACUCCAAUCUCAGAGAUUCCUCAUUUUAACCCUGAAUAUUACCCCCCUCCCUCGGCUCUGUAAUCUGCUGUUGUUAAACCUUCAAAGCCUGUAUUUGGUGCAUAUCUCACUGCGUUACCUUACCGUUGGCAGUGAGGUAAUGACAGCACGGGAUCCCGGCUCGCUCUGGUGCUACGGGCCUCACACCUCCGUGUUGUGUGCUCUGCCUGCAAAGGAAUCCUGUGAUAGAAACAUGAAAGCUUUUCACCUCAGAGGGUCAGACUCCAGCUCUGGAGCCCUGGAGCUGCAACAAACUUCAACCUCAAGUCUAACGCAACGUCCGUUUGUGUCCUGCAACAAAUCACCAGCCAUUUGUUGACAAAAGUGCACUUACUGUAAACUGAUGUAUAUUGCUUUUGUCGUAUAUCUGCCGUCAGAUUUUUAAGCCUCUGGUGCAUCUGCAGUUUCAAUCUGCACUGAUUUUCAUUCCUAUUUCUCAUAAUAUUAAUGCUAAAAAGAGCACAUACAUUGCAUCUGACCCACAUAUCUGUUUUAUAACCAUCUGUACGCAGUGUAUUGGUAUUUUGUAUACCGAUGAAUUGAUAUAUUGGAUUGUUUAUAUCUUGUUAUGAUCACUGAUGUAGUUCGGUUUUCUGAGUUAGGCACUCAAGUGCACCUUAAUUGUUCUUUAACAUUUCCAGAAUACACGGAAAUCGUUGUUCUUUUUGUACAUGUAGAUAAUCAUCGUACCUUGACUAUCCUAAAACAAGUAUUCUGUAAGUUAUUCAUUUUUAUAUGGGAAAUAUUUAAUUGAUAUGUUUUUUUAUUGUUUUGUAAAUAUAUGUGUGAACAAUUAAAAAAAGUACUGAACAUGUUCAA